GGGAUGGGACCUAGAGUGGAAGAAACCAUUCUCUCAGCUGGAGUGCUCCUCAGGAGCCUGCUCCACCCUCUGCAAAGAUGGUUUCGACAAGAAUCUUCUGUCUGGUCCUCAGUGUGAUGGGCACAGUUUGGACAGCAGAAACGGACAAAGGUGAAUUUUUAGCUGAAGGAGGUGGAGUGCGUGGCCCAAGACUGGUGGAAAGACAGCAGUCAGCCUGCAAAGAGACCGACUGGCCCUUCUGCUCUGAUGAUGAAUGGAAUACCAAAUGCCCUUCUGGGUGCAGAAUGAAAGGGUUGAUUGAUGAAGUCAACCAAGAUUUUACAAACAGAGUAACUAAACUCAAAAACUCGUUAUUUAAUUAUCAGAAGAACAAUAAGGACUCUAAUAUACUGACCAGCAAUAUACUAGAUACUUUGAGAGGGGAUUUUCACAAAGCAAACAACUAUGAUAAUGCAUAUAGCCAAGUGUCAGAAAAUCUGAGAAGCAGAAUUGAGGUCUUAAAGCGCAAAGUCAUGGAACAAGUACAGCAUAUCCACCUUCUGCAAAAAAAUGUGAGGGAUCAGCUGGUGGAUAUGAAACGCUUAGAGGUGGACAUUGACAUUAAGAUUCAAUCUUGCAAAGGGUCAUGCAGUAGGACUUUAAAACGUGAUACAAACCUAAGGGACUAUGAAGACCAACAGAAGCAACUUGAGCAGGUUAUUGCCAUAAAUCUAAAUCCCUCUAGAGAUAGGCUAGACUUACCAUUGAUAAAAAUGACUCACGAUUCGGAGUUGGUUCCUGGACAUUUUAAGAGCCAGCUUCAGGCUGCCCCUGAAGAGUGGAAGGCACUCAUGGGAAUGAAGCAGAUGAAGAUGACAUUAGAGAAGACUGGCAAAGAUGGGACCAAUCGAGGAGACUCUCCUCAUGGACCAAAUUCAGAGUCUGAAAGUUCCAGGAACCCUGGACAUGGACAUUGGAACCCCGAUAGCACUCGACCCGGGGGUGCUGGCACUUGGAACCCAGACAGCUCUCGACCUGGUGGUGCUGGUACAUGGAAACCAGAGAGCUCUAGACCUGGUGGCUCUUGGAAUCCAGAUAGCUCUGUAUCUGAAGCUUAUAGACCAGAUAGCUCAGGCCAUGGAAACACCAUGCCAAGUCAACCAGACUGGGGUGAAUUUGAAGAGGUCCCAGGAAGUGUAAAUCCUGGAGCAAAGAAAGACUACCACACAGAUAAAUUGGUCUCUUCUAAAACAGAGAAGGAACUUCUGAUUGGUAAUGAGAAGAGGCCUAGCAGCACAUCCAACUUUCGACGCUCAUGCUCCAAAACCAUUACUAAGACAGUGAUUGGUGCAGAUGGCCGUAAAGAAGUUAAAGAAGAAGUGGUCACCUCAGACGAUGGUGCUGAUUGUGGUGAUACAGACUUUAGUUUCUCUAGUACAGGUAGCCUAGAUGAUUUUCGCUUAAAGCACUCUGACUUAAGUGAUUUCUUUAACACUGACUCAACUCGAAAGACAUUUGAAGAGCUGACCAGAGGCUUUGACAGUAAGAUGCAGUCAAUGGGUUCAAAUUCUGACAUCUUCAGAGACUUAGAGGAGAGUGACUCUCACCAUUUUGGGGUCCCAGAGUUAUCUAGUAAAACUUCAAGUUACAGCAGAAAAACAGUAACCACAAGCAAAGGAAGCUCCACAGUUGAAUCGGGAGAUGAGGAUCAUGAAGCCCGAAGAGCUACCACCACCAGAAGAGGCAAGACUAGAGGUCGCACUACGAGAGACUGUGAUGAUGUCCUCCACACACAUCCUUCAGGUGCCCAAAGUGGCAUUUUCACUAUCAACCUACCAGGAUCCAGUAAGCUUUUUUCUGUUUAUUGCGAUCAAGAGACCGCUUUGGGAGGAUGGCUUUUGAUCCAGCAGAGAAUGGAUGGAUCCCUGAAUUUUAACCGCACCUGGCAAGACUACAAGAGAGGUUUCGGCCGUGUGAAUAACCGGGGGGAAGGAGACUUCUGGCUGGGCAACGACUACCUCCACUCCCUGACCCGGAAGGGCUCCCUCCUGCGGGUGGAAAUGGAGGACUGGGCGGGGCUGGCGGCGUAUGCGCACUAUCACUUCCGGGUCGGGUCAGAGGCCGAAGGUUACGCCCUGCACGUGUCCUCCUACUCGGGCACGGCGGGCGACGCGCUGCAGGAGGGCUCGCCGGAGGAGGGCGCCGAGUUCACGGCCCACGCGGGCAUGCGCUUCAGCACCUUCGACCGCGACGCCGACCGGUGGGAGGAGAACUGCGCCGAGGUCUAUGGCGGCGGCUGGUGGUACAACAGCUGCCAGGCCGCCAAUCUCAACGGCGUCUACUACCCCGGCGGCGCCUAUGACCCGCGCAACAACAGCCCGUACGAGGUGGAGAACGGGGUGGUCUGGGGCCCCUUCCGCGGAGCCGAUUACUCUCUCCGCGUCGUUCGCAUGAAGAUCAGGCCCCUGGCACCCCAGUAG